GAAUGUUUAUUGUCUUAUAUCCGGCUUUAUCCUGGCACGUGAAGUUUUCGUGACCCUCUUCGUUCUCUGCCGUCCGAUUUUGCGGCUUUAUGUUUGGUUUGCUUGGUACACACAAGCCGCAUGGCAGUUCGCGAGGAAGAGACGUGAUUCUAUUCCGGAUCUCAGAGAUUUGACUACCGUUUUAAAUAAUGAUGGGUUGCUUGUUCUGGACAAAAAUCCGGAGUUGCUCGUGAAUAGUACUAAGCCGUGGACAAACGUUUUAUCGCUACAGACGCAAGUCUUUUAUAAGUUUCCUGAAUACGCGAGCUUCAAUUUAGAACACUUAUUUCAUUUUAUGAACCGCCUGGAUGCGCCGACAAGUGGCCUGAUUUGCUUGGCCUACACCCCGAAAAUGGCAAACCUGGUAAAUGAACGUCUUUAUGCACCUGUGUUAUAG